AUGGGCUGCGUCCUGUCGCGCACAGCCCUGAUCAAAUGGCCCGCCCCCGGGACCACCCUCGACCCCGCCCACCCUGGGAUCCGCCCCCUCCCAUCUUCGGCCCCGCCCCGAGCAGCGCUUCUGACAACUACUUUUGGGCCACCGCACUUGAUUUUCGGCUCUUCGGUGUCCCGGCGGCGGCAGCGGCAGUGGCAGUGGCCGCGGCGGCGGCGGCGGCGGCGGCGCCAGCAGCAGCAGAGACAGCGGACGCGACAGCGGCAGCGGCAGAAGCAACAACCACAGAAGCAGAAGCAGCAACAGCUGGACAUGGAGCCCGGAGCAUUUAAAGAGCCUGACAUUGGCGAAGUCCUGCCCCAGCACAGGUUUGACCAGAGGUCCCUGGAAGACUAUCUGAACCGGUACUUGCCUGGCUUUGAAGCUGAACCCACUGCGGCUCUGAAGGUCGUCCAGUACAGAUCAGGACAAUCCAAUCCAACCUUUUAUCUUCAGAAGGGAUGUCGAGCAUAUGUACUCAGGAAAAAACCACCUGGCUCUCUCCUUCCAAAAGCACAUGAGAUUGACAGAGAAUUCCGGGUGCAGAAAGCCUUGUUUUCGAAUGGAUUUCCGGUCCCUAAGCCUUUAUUGUACUGCAAGGAUAUUUCUGUGAUUGGAACCGAAUUUUAUGUGAUGGAACAUGUACAGGGUCGCAUCUUUCGUGACUUCUCUCUCCCUGAAAUUAGCCCAGCAGAACGAACAGCCUUAUAUGUGGCUACGGUAGAAACCCUGGCCCGGUUACAUUCACUGAACAUACAGACCUUGGGUCUGGAAGGAUAUGGUAAAGGAGAAGGGUACUGCAAGAGACAGGUAUUAACAUGGACAAAGCAGUAUCAGGCUGCUGCUCAUCAGACUAUUCCUGCUAUGAACCAACUCUCCGCCUGGUUAAUGGAGAACUUACCAGAUCAGGACCAGGAGCAAAAUUUGAUUCACGGGGACUUUAAAAUAGAUAACUUGAUUUUCCAUCCAAGAGAGGCUCGUGUAAUAGCGGUUCUGGACUGGGAGCUUUCAACAAUCGGCCACCCUUUAUCAGACUUGGCAUACUUUUCCUCCUUCUUCUUUUGGCCUAGGAACAUUCCAGUGUUAAAUAAAAGCAAUAACUUGCAACUUACUGCAGGGAUACCAUCCAUGGAAGAACUGGCUUUAAUUUAUUGUCGUUACAGAGGAAUUAGCCCUAUACUUCCUAACUGGAACUUCUUUCUUGCUCUUUCAUGUUUCAAAUUAGCUGGAAUAAUGCAGGGAGUAUAUGCUAGGUAUCUCCUUGGAAAUUCUGCUUCUGAAACAAGUUUUCUGUUUGCUGAUGUUGUCAAACCCCUAGCAGAGCUUGGCCUACAGUUCACCAAAAGAACACCAAAUGCCACCGUUUCACAAACUGAUUCAACAGGAAGAUUAUUCCUCCAGACUAGGACAGGCCAAGAAGUUCUGCUGAGGGUAAAGCAUUUUAUGCAGCAAUACAUACUGCCAGCAGAAAAGGAGGUAAUAGAGUUCUAUAUUCGCAAUGAAAAUUCACUGGACAAGUGGAAAAGACCUGUAGUGAUUGAAAAACUUCAGGAAAUGGCCAAAGCUGAGGGACUCUGGAACCUCUUUUUGCCAGCUGUCAGUGGCCUUAGCCAGGUGGAUUAUGCACUGAUCGCUGAAGAAACAGGAAAAUGCUUUUUUGCUCCAGAUAUUUUCAACUGCCAAGCACCAGACACAGGAAAUAUGGAGGUACUUCAUUUAUACGGAAAUGAAGAACAGAAGAAACAGUGGCUUGAACCUCUUCUUCAAGGAAGAAUUAAAUCUUGCUUCUGCAUGACAGAGCCUAAUGUUGCCUCCAGUGAUGCUACUAAUAUUGAAUGUACCAUUGAACGAGAUGGUAAUAACUAUGUCAUCAAUGGCAAGAAAUGGUGGAGCAGUGGAGCUGGGAAUCCAAAUUGUAAGAUUGCAAUUGUCUUGGGUAGAAGUAAGAAUUCUUCGGCGUCCAGACACAAACAACACAGCAUGAUCCUGGUUCCAAUCAAUACACCAGGAGUGGAAUUGGUAAGGCCACUGUCAGUCUUUGGAUAUUUAGAUAAUUUCCAUGGAGGACAUUUUGAGAUACAUUUUAAUAAAGUUCGAGUGCCUGUUUCCAAUAUGAUACUAGGCGAAGGAAGGGGAUUUGAGAUCGCCCAAGGCCGCCUCGGACCAGGCCGCAUCCACCACUGCAUGCGAUCGAUAGGUCUGGCCGAAAGGGCCCUGCAGAUCCUGUGUGAGCGUGCGGCCCAGAGGGUGGCCUUUCAGAAGAAAUUACACGCACAUGAGGUGGUGGCCCAUGGGAUAGCUGAGAGCCGCAUAGCCAUUGAGGAGGUGCGCCUGCUGACCCUGAAAGCAGCCCACAGCGUGGACACAAUGGGCAGUGCCCAAUCCAGGAAGGAGAUCGCCAUGAUCAAGGUGGCCGCCCCCCGCGUGGUUUGCAGAAUCGUGGACCGGGCCAUUCAAGUGUGCGGUGGAGCUGGGGUCUCCCAGGACUUUCCUUUGGCCAGAAUGUACGCCAUGAUCCGAACCCUACGGAUAGCGGACGGGCCUGAUGAAGUCCAUCUCUCGGCCAUCGCCAAAAUGGAGCUGCAGGAGCAAGUCGGCAAACUGGCGGCCCGGAUGUAGCGCCGCGAUGUGGGGGUGGGACUGGCCCAGCAGGCCGAGGCUCCAGGAGCGCAGGAAGCAGGGGGAUCCCGCCUACCCUCGAUGCUAAUCCCAUUGGUUAGAGGAGUUUUCCUAUUGAGGGUAGAAUCGCAGCGCCUAAUUCCGUGGCCGGCGGCUCCCCAGAUGGGCCCUUCAUUGCAAAGAAGCAAAAAGCGGAGCGAGCCGGUGCGGAAGCUGGCGGCCGGCGAGGCUGUGAACACGUUUCUGUUCUGACCAGUGUAUUCUGACUGAUCUCCCCCCCCCCCCUCCCCUGUGCUUGAUUUCAUGCCUUUAAAGCCAGGAGAAGGCCGGCAGGAGGCUUCCCCCGAGGGUGGCCUUGCCCAGGCCUUGUCAGGCCUGAAAUUCCCGCCAGUCAAUCCUGACAAUAGGGCCGGCAGACAGCCUGGGAGGGCCCUGGGGGAAGGGCGGGGCAGCAGGCUCUCUCUAAAAGGUUCACCAUCACUGACCUGGGAGACCAGCAUGGAGUCUUGUCUCCAGGCCUGUGUAGCCUUGGGUGCCCCGCAGUCCUGGGCGGCCUGCCCAAGGGAGAGGAGCCUGUCAGAGACGCUCCUUCCCCUGCAUUGAGAUGUUAGAGGUUUUGAAGGUUGUUCUCAGGGAGAGCGGCAGCCACACCUCUUCCAGAUGCCAAAUUGCUGUUGAAAAAUCAAGUCUUGAUUAUUGAAAAUCUGUGUAUGUUGCUGGAAUAAGCUACUGUGAAUUAUACUAAAGUGUCAAAUUAAAAAACUUUCAGUUCUAACAAGGUUUUAAAAUCA